CAGAGUCGGUUGCCAACCGCCAAUAAACUUCAAAGAAGGUAGAGUGACGUUCUAAGAUGGCGCUUUGAGCUGCUUUUGAAACAGAAGAGAGUAGAGCAAAACAAACCUAUGAUUUACUCUGAGUAUUGCACUCAUUGCAUCAAACUCCACAGCCAUGCUGACCUGUGCCUUCUGUGGGGAAGAGAUUAUGUUGGAGGAGGACAUGAAGACACAUCUCUUACUCAGCCACAUGGAAAAUGACCUGCGCUGCCCGCUCUGCUCCCUGUCAGGAGUGUCCUACGAUGAGCUGAGCUUCCACAUCAGCUCUGCACAUCCAGAGAUGCAGGACGGAGCGCAGGAUCCCCCUCACAUCACAGGCCUCCCUGCAGCAGCCAACACUCAGAGCCACAAAACCCCUCUGUCCUCCUGGGCUCAGGACAGCUGUAAGAGAGAUGCAGAUGCAACACACUCUAGUGACACUUCAGACUCAAUGUGCCUUAAACAAGACAUUACAUCAGGGAGUCGUGCUUCAUCAACUAAGGAGACCUCGACAACACUCAGCCCUACAAGAAGACAGAAGUCUGUGAUGCUCUCUAAUAAGGACAAUAAUACAUUUAAAUCUGAGCACAGCAAAGCCAAACAGAAGCGGCUGUCUUCAAAGAGAGAGGAGGAGCUGUUCUCCUGCCCCAUGUGCCCCUUGGUGUGCAGCAGCUUUGACAUGCUGCAGGAGCACGUAGAGCUCCACCUGCAGGAGCAGCGCUCGACUGAAGGGUCGGCACAGAAGGCGUUUUUACCAGCUAUGAGAUCACCAUCAGCCAUCCGCCUCUCAGGAGAGAAGAGACUUGAGUGCCCUCUGUGCUCUGUCGUCUGCAUGGACAGCUUCUCCCUGCAGGAACACGUGGAGCUACAUUUAGAGCAUGGAGCAGCUGCUAGCUCUGCAGCUGUUGCUCACAGCCCUGGCUCUGACCUGAGGCUGGCCCGGGAGCUGCAGCAGGAGGAGGAGGCCCGGCAGGAGAGAGAGGACUUCAAGAAGCUGCAGAAGCAGUUUGGUCUGGACGGAGGAGGUGGCUACUGCCGACAGAUGGAGAGGAGCAUGGAGAAGGCUGUAGCCAGGGGGAUUCUGGCCCCCUCAGAGUUUCACUGCAAAAGAGCUGAGAUGAUGGAGUCUCUGGCUUCAGGGGUGGAUGAUGGCAGGACUAGAACUCGGGGUGUGCUCAGAGCGUUAUCUGAAUACUACCAGAGUGAAGGCAGAGACUGUGUCCACGUGUGGCUGAGUGCUGACACCGACCACUACUGCUCUUCAGCGGGGGACUCAGGCUGGGGCUGCGGCUACAGAAACAUCCAGAUGCUCCUCUCCUCUCUGCACACCAUAGAUGCGUACGCUCCCUUCCUGCCAGAGAAGGCGGUGCCUAGCAUCCCACGGGUACAGAGUAUGAUCGAGGAGGCUUGGAAAGAAGGGCUGGAUCCGCACGGCGCGUCACACUUCAACCAGCGACUUCAGGGAACACGAGCCUGGAUCGGAGCGACAGAGAUCUACGCCCUCCUCACCUCUCUAGGAACCAGUGCCCGCAUCAUGGACUUCCACCGGCCCACAGGCCCUGAUAACAGCCACCCCCGGCUGUUUGACUGGGUGAAGCAGUACUUCCAGUCCGGCAGGAGCGGCAAACUGCCCCCCAGACUCAUCCAAACCACCCUGCCCUCGCUGUACCUACAACACCAAGGCCACAGCCGCUCCAUCGUGGGCUUGGAGCAGAGGAAGAACGGGAGCCUGUGCCUGCUGCUCCUGGACCCGGGCUCCCCGGCUUCAGACACCAGGAAGCUGCUGAGCAGAGACACCCUGCCCGCAGCCCUGAAACAACUCAGGAAGCCCCCCCGCAGCCUGAAGCACACACAGUACCAGCUGGUGGCAGUGCAGGGGAGGCUGUCUGCAGAGGAGAAACAGAGGCGCAUCAUGAGCUCCAGAACAUUGUGUGCAGAAAGGAUCCCAUGACAGGAAGACACUUUAUCACGUCUCUUUGUUUUUACUGUGAACAAACAUUUGAUAUCUCACUUCUGGAACUAUGUAUUUUAGUUGUUUUUGAAUAAACAUUGUUUUGAAAAAACUCUGUGUUCUCCAUGCUGUUCAGUUACUCACAGUGAAUGUGAGAGAGUCCUGUUUAUGGAGUAGCAGCCGCACGUCUCAAAUCUAUAGCACUUGGAGGACGUUAUAACAGUUUAUUAAGCAGACACUCACACACUGAAGGGAAUCUAUAGACUCGAGAGGAAUGUAGUCUGAGGUAAUCAGAUGGAAGUAAAAAGUGUGACGACCACUCCACUCCCGAGGACCGAGUGAGGACAGGAUACAAAAAAAAGCUUGGGGUUUGUUCGGUUGCUGUUUGCUCCCGUGGGGUGGCUCUAGAAUGUGCUGUUCCCCACGCAGUGCUCCUCUGUGAGGGGUGGAGGGAGCGCCGGGUCAGGUUUCAGGAGAGUGUGUUAAUGACACACAUUUCCUUGUGUUGGAAGACACUAUGAGCAUCGGGCAGCAGAGCAGCUAUAAUGGCCGUAGAGACUCGUGAGAAUGUGCUAGUGCCACACAGAGGCUUCACUUUGAUCAGCGGCACUCAUGAUCCAGAUGAUGUGGACCAGAUCCAACACCUAGAGAUCAGAGACUCGGAUGUAUUUGUGGUCACAUACCCAAAGUCAGGUGAGAGGAUUUUGUGUCCUGCAGAUGCUCUGUGUGUCCUGAAGAGCGGGGGUCACCUCAGGUCAGUGUGCUUGUUGUAUGAAGCUUAUUAUUAUGUUCCAGUGAUGAAAGAAGUAGUCAGAUCUUGUACUUAAGAUAAGUACAACUACCAAAUAGCAGGAAUACGAUGUAGAGUCCUGCAAUCAAAAAUCUUACUGUCGAAAAGUAUUAGCAUCAAACUAUACUUAUGAUAACCAAGAGUAAAGUAGUUGUAAUUGUUUGAUUGGUCCAUUUCAGAAUAAUAUAACUGAUAUGUUUUAUAAUUAUUGAUCAUUAAAGUGUUAUCAAAGCUGGUAAAGGUGCAGCUAGUUUUAAUGGCUUUGUAUACUGCAGGGUAGCUGCUGAAUUUACUCCAGGUGGAACUAAAGUCUGAUUUAAGGAUUGAUUAUAUUUACCGUCAUUAAUCCAAAUCUGUAAAGUAACUAAAGGUAUUAAAUACAAAGUAGUACAAAGUAGCACAAAGUUCAAAUACCCAAGUAAAGUACAAGUCCAACCAAAUUGUACUUAAGUGCAGUAAUUGAGUAAAUGUACUUUGUUACUUUACACCACUGGUACACAUGAAUCUCUGUGUAUUUUGUGUGCUGUGAAUAGAUUUGGGUGUCAAAUGAUCAGCUAGAGCAGAGUGUAUACUGAGAAAACACUCCCAGGACAGAGCUCACACACUCUGUGCGAUAUGUGUGUCAGGGACCAUCUGGAUGCAGCAGAUCUUGCUGCUCCUCGAGGCAAAGGGGGAUAUGGCAGCCAUCAGCAGGCUCAGCAGCUCCUCCAACGCUGAUCUCAUCCCCUGGAUCGAGGUGAAUGGCAGCAGACAGACAUUCAUCACAGCGCCCUCCCCCAGGAUGAGGGUCACCCACCUGCAGUUCAAGUUCAUGCCUUCGGCUCUGAGCCAAAAGAAGGGCAAGGUGAUCUACGUGGCAAGAAAUCCCAAAGACG